CGUCAGUAUCAAUCAGCGGUCGCUGGGUUGUACCAGCAGUACAGAAAAGAACAAGUAACGAUGGUUCUCAUCAAAGAAUACCGUGUAGUUUUACCCUGUAGUGUUGAGGAGUAUCAAGUCGGUCAGCUCUUCUCUGUGGCUGAAGCCAGUAAAAAUGAGACAGGUGGAGGUGAGGGCAUUGAGGUCCUCAAGAAUGAGCCUUAUGAAAAUAAUGGAGAGAAAGGACAGUAUACACACAAAAUUUAUCAUCUAAAUAGUAAAGUCCCAGGGUUUGUCAGGCUCCUGGCCCCUGAAGGCUCUUUGGUAUUUCAUGAAAAAGCUUGGAAUGCCUACCCUUACUGCAGAACCAUUGUGACGAAUGAGUAUAUGAAAGAUAAUUUCUUCAUUAAAAUUGAGACAUGGCACAAACCAGACUUGGGAACACAAGAAAAUGUGCACCAACUAGACCUUUCCACAUGGCAGAAUGUAGCUGUUGUGCCCAUUGAUAUUGCAGACAGAAGUCAAGUGUCCAAUGCUGACUACAAACCAGAUGAGGAUCCAGUCAAGUUCAAGUCAGUUAAAACUGGGAGAGGACCUCUUGGACCCGACUGGAAGCAUGAACUGGAAAGUAAAUCUGAUUGCCCAAAGAUGUGUGCCUACAAACUAGUCACAGUCAAGUUUAAGUGGUGGGGGCUGCAAACCAAAGUGGAGAACUUCAUCCAUGAGCAAGAGAAGAGGAUCUUCACUAACUUCCACCGUCAGCUCUUCUGCUGGAUUGAUAGAUGGGUUGAUCUGACUAUGGAUGACAUCCGACGGAUGGAGGCAGAAACUCAAGCAGAGCUAGAUGAGCUACGCAAGCAGGGAAACGUCCGAGGAACCAGUGCUGCAGAAGAAAAAUGAAAAGUCACAUGAUUUUAAAACCGCCACAAUUUCUUGGAGUCUGCUAAGAACACUCUUUUAAUAUCACUUUUUACCCAAACUGAUUCAGGCUGUGAAGGAAGGAGCCCAGCUACCUGCGAUCAAUAGAUCAGAUCCUUGACUUGACCCUAACCAUGGACAGUCUGUCCAGUAAGGAAUUGAUUUCUAGAAACCAACAUAAUCUUAGCUUAAAUUACUCUGGUUCAAUUUUGAUCUCUGGGGCAGAGAAAGCCCAGCUUUCAUUAUCAUGUAAGAGAAGCCUAGACUUUGAGAGACUUGUGUGGUGGGGAGUAUUUGCUCUAUAGAUGCAAAGUAACUAAAACAUACAGGCACAAUGACCAAAUGUUUCCAUUUGUAUUUUAUUUCAACCUUUUUCUUUGGUUGCCUCAAACACAUUCCUCACAAGGUGAUGUCCUAAACGACUUUGCUGUGUCUCCUGCUUGGUCUUAACUGUAAACACUGUGGCUCAGUGGUUUGCAUUCCCUGACAUGAAGCAGUUUGUUAUACUCCUGUUCCUUCCUGCCACAGCCUCCAUUAAGUGAUUACUAACACCCUUGGCACCCAGGCCUAUUAUAAUCCCUCCCCAUCUCCCCACCUUAACCAAAGUACUGCAUCUUAUCACUGACAAUCAUGUCUGUGCAGGCUUCCACUCUCACUUCUGUUCAGACUUAAUAAAAAGCCACACACAAGCAUGACACACACAUUACGCGCAUGAGGAUGAACGUGUGAAUUUGUUCUAAAGGUAUGCAAACAUGCGCAGGUGUGGAUACCUUUGAGCUGACUGAUCUGUUGCAAGCUCAAGCUGGGCAGAUCUUUGCAUGUACUCUUCUUUGUACAUUUAGAGGAUGUUAACAGAUCUCAGCAGUCACCCCCCCUCCCCCCCCCACCAUCACAGUCAUCCUCACUGUUCUAGACAUUCACACAACAUACAACAUAACAUUAGCCUCCUUAACAGAUGUCCCUAGAGGGAAAAUGGCAGUGGAAAAAACCGCCACAGAUGGUGUUACACCCCUAUAGUCAAACUGUAGCUCACUCCAGUUUGACAAAAGGCCUUGUAUUCAGCUUAAUUCCAGUCAUGUUUACAGAUUCAUAAUUGUUUUAUUAGUGCCCAGUUAACACCAGCACCACCACACUUGCUUGCCUUAAUCCCCAGACCUUUUUUUUUUUGUUGUUGUUGUGUACUUUCCACCUCUUACAGCUCUGCUGCCAGCUAUUGCGAUCUACCUCCCUCAUUUCUAACUGGCAGUUUUCCUAAUGCCAAAGGAUUAGCAUUAGCUAUGAGCUGCUGCUUCUUGGGAGUAAAUCUUAGCAGACACUGCUUUAUGAGCAACUUUAUUUAGGAUCAAUCUUUACUACCUUCAGUGGAACUGAAUGUUUGUCAUAACACCUGAGCAAGUGCAAUUACUUCUACAUGCAAAAACUGUUAAAGCUGUAACAGCCAGUGUUGUUUAUCACUACAAAGGGCUGCAGAUUAACAUCGGAUAUCAGAGAUUUGCCAUAUGAUUGACUCUUGACUUUCAUUACUAUAGCAAAACUUCUCACUUGGUUUCAGAGCUAUUGUGACAUUAAUUAUAUUGGUCAUCGUUAAUGUUUCUGUAUAAUAUCUGUAGUUUACUCAUCUGAUCCCUACUGAGCUUUAGUUGUAUGUCAUUGUCUUAAAUUGUACUUCGGAUGUUUGGGUUAGUUUUUAGAAGUCCUGUUUCUGUAUUUUCUUUUCAAAACAGAGCACUUUUGUUGGCUCCACUUAUUAGUUAUUUUUCCUGACAGUUUAAUUAAAAAAGCACUCAUUUUUGUUGCAGGUAUUUUGUCCAAAGAGUAAAAAUACAGAUUUUUUUUUCUUUGUGUUUACAUGUUCAGCAAUCAUCAUAGGAAAUUUAAAGACAGACAUUUAACAAAUGCUCUCAGGUGAAACAUUACUCACAUUUCUUUUUUUUUUUUCUUUCUUUCUUCCUUUAAACAUUGUCACUCCCAGUUUUGUUAGCAGUAAAAAUGACAACACUUUCACUAGUAAAAGAUGGUCAUUAUAUAGCUUGUUCAAUUAUGGCACCACUGUAACAUACUGUAUUGCUGUGCUGGCGUAAUCUGAAUUGGUUUCAGAGAGUAACAGCUGUGUAUAAAAAGAUGGUCUAUUGUGUUUUUGGUGUUUCUAAAUUAAUUCAGUUUUUUUUUCCAGAUAAAUAGCCCUAUGAAUAGUAAGAACAUGAAUCAGUGAUGUCUCAACUAUGAUCGCAAGAAGAUAAAGGAAUUGACAAAAGAAUGGCUAUUCCUAAAUUAUGAAAUCUAGAACUGUUCUUAAAGACUUUUUUAAGGCUCUGAUCAGAUCAAAUUGAGGAACAUAGACGUGAAUGAAUGAUAUAGUGUGCCUUUUCUUUUCAAAACAUCUUGUGCGUUCAGUCUGCAUAUUGUAUUCAAGUAAAAUAGAUCUAUCUUCAAAAUAAAUGUUUUUUAUGCCUCA